GAAGUUAGAAGCUUCAUGUUUAUAGGAUAAAAUUCUUUACUUUAGUCAUUCUCUGACCUAAAGCAAUAUAUCCACCAAACUGUUAAGUGUUAACAAACAUUGCUAAAACUAAAUGUUAUAGUUCUGAUUCUGAUUUCUCACUAGUAAAAUUGAGGAUCGGCAUUCAGCAAUGAUGAAUUCCACAGAAGAAGAGUAUCGUGGCUGCGAGAUUAUGGAGAAAGAUGUUCAUGUCACGUUUCUCGAGUUAAUGUACUAUUUACUCCCAUCUCCGUACGAGUCCCAAGAGAUCAACCAUCUCACUCUCGCUUACUUUGUCAUCUCUGGACUUGACAUCCUCGACUCUCUCCACAAAGUUGCGAAGGAUGCUGUUGUCAGUUGGGUUUUGUCCUUCCAAGCUCACCCCGGUGCCAAGACUGAUCUCAAUGAUGGGCAAUUCUAUGGCUUUCAUGGAUCCAAAACUUCACAGUUUCCUCCAGAUGAGAAUGGGGUUUUGAUUCACAACAACAGUCACUUGGCAAGUACUUAUUGUGCCAUUUCCAUAUUGAAAAUUGUUGGUUAUGAAUUGUCCAAUCUUGACUCUGAAACAAUUGUGACUUCUAUGAGGAACCUUCAACAGCCUGAUGGAAGUUUCAUUCCGAUUCAUACUGGAGGCGAAACAGAUCUUAGGUUUGUGUAUUGUGCAGCUGCCAUCUGUUUCAUGUUGGAUAACUGGAGUGGCAUGGACAAGGAGAAAACCAAGGAUUACAUAUUACGUUGCCAGUCUUAUGAUGGUGGCUUUGGAUUAGUUCCUGGUGCAGAAUCGCAUGGAGGUGCAACUUAUUGUGCUAUGGCAUCUCUCCGAUUAAUGGGAUUCAUUGAAGAUAAUAUUCUCUCAAGUUGUGCUUCAUCUUCUUUGAUAGAUGCGCCAUUGCUGCUGGACUGGAUCUUGCAGAGGCAGGGAACUGAUGGGGGUUUUCAAGGUAGACCAAAUAAAUCUAGCGAUACAUGUUAUGCAUUUUGGAUUGGAGCCGUUUUAAGGAUUUUGGGGGGCUUCAAAUUUGUUGACAAUAAGGCUCUACGUGGAUUUUUGCUUUCUUGUCAAUAUAAGUAUGGUGGUUUCAGCAAAUUCCCUGGGGAGUAUCCAGACCUAUACCACUCCUACUAUGGAUUCACUGCUUUCAGCCUGUUGGAAGAAUCUGGCUUGAAAUCACUUUUUUCGGAACUGGGAAUCACUGAAAAUGCUGCACUGGCACUCUAGCUUAGAUUCAGAAAUGGAUGUACCUUUAUACCUGACAUUUCUUACAUAUUAUAUGAACCUCUCAGCACUAAUCCACUCUUACUGGACUUUUUUUUUUAUUCUUUCACAAAUUUAGGUGGAGUGUAAAUUUUCCAUUUCAUUUGAUUGUAUUUGUGUGCAUUAAUUCAGGUAAUUGGACCUCUUCUAUUUAGAACAAGCUUUUUUUGUAUUGCUUUCUUUUUGUUUUAUUUACAUUUCGAUGAAGUUUAUUAUUGAA